CAAUAUAACAUAUAAAAAUAUUGUUAUAUAUACAUACAUACAUACUUAUUCAUUCACGAAAUAUUUUAUUUGUGCAUAUUUAUUUGCAAGAGAGUAGAGCAUUUUAUAGUAUUAAAGAGAAAAUAAAAAACAAAAACAAAAAAAAAUUUUUUUUUUUGAAAAAGUAUAACUUAUUGCAUUAAAAAAACAUUGAAAGAGCGGGAAACAAGAAAAGUGAACUAAGAACGUGAGCACAAAUUCGAAAAUAAUAAAGAAACAAAAACAAGAGAAAGAGAAACAAAUAAAACAAAAAAAAAACACGAAAUGGAUAUAGUAACAUUUUGGUUUUUAUUUUGUUUUAUACUACUUUUAAGGACACAAGUUGCUUUAACAGUUAGCUGGGAAGAAUGGUGGACAUAUGAUGGUAUAUCGGGACCAUCAUUUUGGGGUCUUAUAAAUCCAGAAUGGUCAUUGUGUAAUAAGGGACGAAGACAAUCACCUGUUAAUUUAGAACCUCAAAGAUUAUUAUUUGAUCCUAAUUUAAGGCCUUUACAUAUCGAUAAACAUAGGAUAAGUGGAACCAUAACAAAUACUGGACAUAGUGUUAUUUUUACAGCUGGUAAUGAUACGGAAGCAAAUUAUGAUGGUAUACAAACUCCUAUUAAUAUAUCUGGUGGACCAUUAUCGUAUCGAUAUCGUUUCCAUGAAAUUCAUAUACAUUAUGGUUUACAUGAUCAAUUUGGAUCAGAGCAUAGUGUAGAAGGUUAUACAUUUCCAGCUGAGAUUCAAAUAUACGGAUACAAUUCACAACUCUAUCAGAAUUUUUCAGAGGCUUUAAAUCAAGUACAGGGAAUUGUCGGUGUUGCCGUACUUCUACAGCUUGGUGAUAUGUCAAAUAGUGAAUUAAGAAUAUUAACCGAUCAAUUAGAUAGAAUACGUUUUGGUGGUAAUGAAGUUUUAAUUAAACGUUUAUCUGUACGUAGCCUUUUACCAGAUACAGAACAUUAUAUGACAUAUGAAGGUUCAACAACGUCACCAGCAUGUUUUGAAACAGUGACGUGGAUUGUUGCUAAUAGACCAGUUUAUAUUACAAAACAACAGUUGCAUGCCUUAAGACGUCUCAUGCAAGGUGGUCCAGAACAUCCAAAAGCACCAUUAGGAAAUAAUUUUAGACCACCUCAAGCAUUACUCCACCGGCCAAUUAGAACAAAUAUUGAUUUUAAAACAAAACAAAAUGGUAAAGUUUGUCCUACAAUGUACAAGGAUAUGCAUUAUAAAGCAAAUAGUUGGAAACAACAUUUAAAUUAAUCAAGUACGAUUGGGAGCUUCCAAGUAACAAAACACAAAAAAAUUAUAUA